AUGCAUCUGGGACUCACCAAAUUUGAUAACUCAACGAGUCCACGCAAAAUGCGAAAUCCUCACCGUUGCAUUAGCCUUUUCGGUUGGAGUGUCUUUGCCAUCGCGUCGUGGAUCCCUCGGCGAUAUUGUGAUCGUUACCCAGAGACUGGACAAGUUUCAAGGAGCCAAUCUAUUUUUAGUGCGAGAGAAAAAAAUAAAUCGAAUCCUGCCCAAGUCGCGUCUCGCUAUGCUGAGGAGAAGUUCGCCACGCUUGUGCUACUGACGCUAUGA